AUGUAUAGCCAUAACACCAUCGCAUUCACGGGUCUCCUAACUAGCAUGUUCCAAAUUAUCGUCGGCCUCGUCCUUCCAGAGGCUUACCCCUCUUUCCAACCUCCAGCUCUCAUUCCUAGGCAAGAAGGCUACAGAUGGUGCCCCACAGAACAUCCCGGAACAUGCACUAUUGCAUACAUCAUCGAUUCAACGAAACCUCAUCCAAUCAGCAUCCAAAUUACCGAUAACAAUUGCGAUGAUGCACUCGGUGGUGCAAGAAAUCUAGACAUAGGAUCCACUCUUGCAGAUAUCGAAACGGAUUCCAGACGAACAGAUCCGGUUACAAAGCUUACGAUACAAAGAGUCGUGAAUGGUAUGCCUAAGAUGACGGCAGAUGGAAAGGAAUUAUCCUGGCAUCCUCCGGCUCGUGCUGAUGCAAGGACAAUUCAUAUUGCACCUUUUGAUUGUCACAUGAGAUAA